AUGACUUCAAAGUAUUCAACUUUACCGGAUAUUGAUGAUCAGCCCGAUGUCUAUGAAACUCCUGACACUGUUAACAACACCACAAAUGUCUCAUAUGAAAAUCAGUCAAGCGAUGAUGAUGACAAUGAUGACUUGAUUAAAGCUCAUGUUUCUAUUAAAGAAGCUUCAAAUAUAUUCAAGAAUAGUAUUGUUGAUUCUACGGAUAUAGAUUUCUCUGAUCGUUUAACUCGAAGAAAAAAGGCCAUGUAUCGUACCUUUGUAAAACGCCCACCUGCUAUAGAAACUAAUGAAUAUGAAAUUUUGCCAAAGAAUAUAUCUUUGGAUGAAACUCCUUUACAAAAAUUACGUCGUCUUAUGUAUGAAGUUCAAGAGCUUAAUGAUGAAUUAGAAAAGACAAAAGUGAGUUAA